AUGGACGGUAACUCCUUUGGUCGUCAUCAUCGCAACAACCGUGGAGGUGCAUUUCCAUUCGACCCACAACCUCUCGAAGCAAGCGACGAUUUCUCCGCUCCCUGGCCCGCUCCCACCAGCGGCAUUGCCGGCCCUUCCCCCGCUUCCGCCUCCGCCGCUGUUUCCAUCUCCCACUUCCUCCCCACUCACUUCACUCCACCGAAUGCUUCCGCUUUCGGCGCAGCCGCUGGUCCCCCCGCGAACCGUUCUGCUACUGCCGCGCAGCCCUUUCUGCGCAAUGACGUGCAGGUUCCGGUGCCUUCCGCGCCUUACGCGCAUUCUGCGCGUUCCGCGCCUCCUGCGCCUUCCGCGCCUUCCGCGCCGUCGCCGGCAGCUGCGCUUGAGUUCGCGCUGCUUGAAUCGCAGCUGUUGUCCGCAGUGGGGCAGCAAGCGUCGCAGCAAAUGUCGCAGGACGUAAAGAGACGGCUGAUGGACUUACACUUGACGGAAGGAGAGGAGGGAGUUGAGGUCGAUGAAAGGGAGGAGGAGGACGAGGAGGACGAGGAGGGUGAGGAGGAGGAAGGGAGUGAGGGAGGGUUGGGAAAGAGGAAAAAGGGAGGGAAAACUAAGGAGCGAGAAGGUGAAGGAGAGGGGGGAAUAGAAGGCGAUGCAGUGAAUGGGAGAAAUAAUGCCGCCCUGCUUCGCCCAUCCAUCCCCACGACUCCCUCGCCUCUCCUCUGCUCUGAAUCCGAAUUCCAACAUCUCUUAACCUGUAUCAAGAACGCUCCAAACGAGGAUGCCAUUUCCCUCGUUCUCCUGCUCCUACUGGAAGAGCAGCGUGCUGCCAACGAAACCUCCUGCUUCCUGCAGCGCCUUCGAGUGGUUCGCUCCGAAUACCUGCAUCGCCAUCACUCCCUCGUGAGAUCUAUUGAGCUCAAUCUCCUCCGAGACAUCGCUCACAACGAUGCCGUCCAUCAGCGGGAGAUCCAACGGCUGAGACGAGUCUGCAUGGCCGGCAUGUCAGCUGGCGCCACGCUGUCGCAGCAUCAGGUGUUUUAUCGAACGCUGAUCACGCGGCCGCGGUCACGCGCGUGGUGGGAGGAGUGUAUUGACCCGAAUAACCCUCCGGAAUUGUUCCGGAAAAAGUUUAGGAUGAGCCGGGAGACGUUCAUGGAGCUCUGUGGCAUGCUGGGGCCGCUUCUUGGGAAAAAGCCGAGAAAAAACCCGAACCUCUUGGACAUCAGGAUCGGAGCGGCGAUCUGGAGGCUUGCCACGGCCGAGCCUCUCCAUCUGGUUUCCAGGAGGUUUAAUCUCAGCCGGACCACGGUGCAUUUCGUGGGGAAUGAUAUUCUCAAGGUGCUGAACGAUGUUAUUCUGCCCAAGGUGGUCGUAUGGCCUGAGCCGGGCAGCACCCGGGCAGCUGAAAUUUCUUCUAAGUUCCUGAAGCUGUGCGGGGUGGAUGGCGCUUCUUCUGUGGUACAGCAGCUGGGGAACGGGCAGCUGAUUGGGACUCUCUACACAACACACCUGUGUAUCAAUACGCCGCGCUCCAACAUGGUAAAAUACCACAACAGGCAGCUUACCGAACGUCUCGCCCGGGAAUCUUACUCCCUUUCCACGCAAGCAGUCGUUGAUGCCAACGGGCAGUUUAUCGAUCUUUGCAUCGGGCUGCCUGGGGCGCUUUCUGACGAGCAGGUUUUGCAGCAGUCGACCCUCCACCAGAAAGGACAAGCUGGAGAGCUUCAGGGGGCAAAGGUCAUCGGGUUGCGGUCGUACCCGCUUCUGGAUUGGCUGCUGGUUCCGUACGCCCAAUCAGAGAGCGCCACGUGGUAUCAGACCACGUUCAAUGAGUGCAUAGAGAAGGGCACUGCGGUGGGGAAGGACGCGAUUGGCCGGCUGAAGGGACGGUGGCGGAUCCUGCUUCGGCGAGCUGAGGGGAAGCUGCAUGAGCUGCCGCGGUUGGUGGGGGCGUGCUGUGCGCUGCACAACUUUCUGGAGCAGAAGGGAGAGGCGUUUGACCCGGACUGGGCGUAUGAGGCGUUUGAUGACUACGUGCCCGCCAGGCGAGCCGAUGAGGAGUCCCCUGCUGCCGUGGCCGAGAGGGAUGAGUUGGCCCAGGGGAUGUUCCAGGCCGUGCACGGGUGGGAGGGGGGAAGUUAA